AUGGAAGGCUUUGUUGCUUUGCUGUCUUUUCUGGUGGUGCUGGUUUUUAAUAAAACUAUAGGAUAUAACAUAAAAUCUGGGAACACAUCGAAUAAUAUAAAAUAUGUAAAUGUGUUAGAUAAUGAUAGAGAUAUAAAUACACAUAGUGUAUUACCCGAAGUAGAAAAUGUGAUAGAGAGAAAGGAUAUUUAUAGACAAAUAAAUUUUAUGGAAACGUUUGUAUCUAGUAAUAAUAUGAUGCACGAUAGAGAGAAACAUACAUCUAUGGAUUCAGGUUCUUAUGAAAUUACAGGUAUAGUUGAUGGUAUGAAAAUAGGACAUCCAAUAUCUGUUGCUUUAGGUUCUCAAUAUUCUAAUUAUUUUGAUUAUUUACAAAUAGUACAUUUAGAUUACACAAAUUCACGUUUUAGUUUUACUGUUGGUGAAGGUAAAUAUUAUUUACGUACUUAUGGAAGUACUUAUAUGACACCUAGUGCUAUAAAAAUUAAAGUACCUUGUGAAAAAUGUAAAUUUAUUAAUUCUGAAUAUAGUGGUAUCAUAAAAAUUAUUCCAUAUGAAACUAAUAAUAACAUAUUUAUUUAUAAUUGGGUAUUACAAACAUCAUCUCCAUUAGCUUUAGAAAAUAUAAAUACAGUAUUUAAUGAUGAAGCAGAUUUAAUUCAUGGAAAUAAUUUAUCCGAAGAAUUUAAAAUAGAUUCGUCAGCUGCAGCUACAUCUUUAAAAACAUUUUAUGGAAUUGUAUUACAUGGUAUAUGGAGUUCUGAAUAUGCCGAAAGAUUAUUAGCCGUUAUUUCUGAAUUUCCAGAUUGUGUAAAAAUAUCUGCUUAUGAUAAAAACGCUAGAUCGAAACAAAGAAAAAAUCAAAAGUGGAUUCUAGUUAAUGAAGAUUUAGGAUCUUUUGAUAUGAAAAUGGAAGUAUGUGAAGAAGUUAAUUGUGAUUAUUCUUCCAUAAUACAUGUUUCUAAACAUGCUUUUGAAUAUUCUAAAAAGGUUGUUCAUAACAGAGGUCGUAAUGGAAGAUACUAUUCUAGAAGAGUUGAAAAAAUUUUAAUAAGAGCUCUUUUAUCAUUAGAUUUUUCUUUAUUUAUUACGUAUUUUCAACAGAAACAUGGUGUUACCUUAUUAGAUCCACAAUAUGAUUAUGAAUUGAUAACAAAUAUGUCUGGUUAUCCAUCUAAUAAUUAUCAAUCUUGGAAUCAUAAUAUGGAAGAACUUGUCGAAUUGGCUACUUCAUGGGAUGAAUAUCCAAAAGGACUUCAAAAAGUACCAGGUUUAUCAUAUUUAUUAAGAAGAAAAAAUGGUACUAAGCAUCCAGUAUAUCCAACAGCACCAGCUGUAGCUUUUCCUGCUGGAUCUCAAAAUAAUUCAUUUAUUGAAUUUAUGGAAUCAGCAUUUGUAAAUUAUGUAGAUAUAUCACAUCUAGUUAUUCAUGAAGUGGCACAUUUUAUAUGGGUUAACACCGUUUCAAAAGAAUUAAAAGAAAAAUGGAUUCAGAUCGGACAAUGGUAUAAAGAACCUUUAUCACCUAGUGAAUGGGCUACAAAAUUAGAAGUAGAAUUUGUCUCAGCAUAUGCUCAUGAUAAAAAUCCUGCAGAAGAUUUUGCAGAAUCUAUGGCUACAUAUGUUUUAAAUUCGAAAUUAUUAAAUUCUAGAUCUUUCGAUAAAUUCAAAUGGAUUCAAGAUAACUUAUUUGGUGGUGGAUUUUAUAUUACAACUGGUACCCACAAAUUUGAUGUUAUUAAUUUAGGUAACGAAGUAUAUUAUUUCCCUGGAAAAGUUACAAGAGUACGUGCAAAGGUUCUAGGAAGUCCAACUGAAGAUAAAUUAGUUAAAAUAUAUAUUUCUUUAUUAUCUAGUAAUGGUUCUGAUGGUUGUGCUAAACAUGGUUAUGCAAGAAUAUUUUCAGAACAACAAACUUUUAGAGAUUUAUAUUUUCAUACGGAAGAUAGAUCACCAUGUAGUCAUAAAUUAUACGGAGAAUUUACUAUGAAUAAACAUGAAAGUAGAGGUAGAUGGACAGCCGAAUCUAUGACAUUUACAGGAGAAAAUAAUAUAGAAAGAUAUGUUGGUUUAGGAUCCUUCCAUUUUUAUUUAUAUAUUAAUAAUCAAAAUGAAGAUGUAGAAAAACCAAUUCCACUUUUAGAUUCUAUAUCCAUCUAUACUCAUAAUGCUACAGAAACAAAUGAUGCUCUAUUAAGAUUACAUGUGAUGGUUUUAGAAAAUGAAUUAAUAAAAGAACAUGGUGGACCUUAUGCUAGUUUUGCUGCUCAAGAAAAUAAAAGCUACUCAUAUGAAGGUCGUACAUAUAAAAUGUAUCCACCUGAAUUUAAUACAUUAAUGUUAAAAGCAGAUUAUUUUAUAAGAGAUAUAAAUACACGAGGAUUUAGAGAAGUAAAUAUGGAUUCAUGUAAAUCAUAUACAAAUAUGGAUACAAGAAAUUUAAAAUGUUUUCAAGUCUUAAAUCCAGUUACUAUUCCAAAAUAUUGCAUAGGAAGCACAUAUUUCUUAAGACAAAUUUCUAUUGAAGAUAUAGCAGGAAACCAAGAAACCGUAAAUAUCUCUUCAGAUAAAUAUUCUGCUCGCUUAUAUCCUAUAGCUGUAAGAGAUAAACAAAAACCGGUUGUAUCAAAUGUAAGGGUUUCAAGUAAACCAGCUAAUGAAUAUCAUGAUGGAGAAACCAUUGUAUCUCUUAGUUUCAAUGUUCAUGAUAAUUUAUCUGGAAUCUAUUAUAUUUUUGUAUAUCUAAGAGAUCCACAUGGUGGAAAACACAGAAGUGAUAUUGACAGAACAUCCUUACCAACAGGUACAGAAAAUAAGCAAAUAAAUCACAAAAUAUUGUUACCAAAAGGUUCUAUGGGUGGUACAUGGAUGUUAGAAGAAAUCAAAGCAGUUGAUUCAUGUAAAAAUGAAUCUAGAAAUAUAUAUACUCAUAGUGUUUACGUUCAAAAUGAUUAA